AUGAGAAAUUGCUAUAAAGGUGAGCGACGGUUAUGUGUUGAAGGGAUACUAUUGGAGAAUCCUAUUAACUAUGAUUUUUUCUUGGUUUAUGGUGCUCAUAGUAGAGAUGAAAAACUUGUUGUGUGGGAGGAGUUGAGUUACAUGGCUAGUUUGUGUCCAGGUGCCUGUUGUUUUUUGGGGGACUUCAAUGAGAUCGUACAGGUGGAAGAAAGGCGAGGAUCAGAUAGUUUACCUUUGUCGACACAAGAUUUUAAGAAUUGGAUAAAUGACAUGGGUUUGGUGGACUUGCCGAUUACUGACCGUAAGUUUACAUGGUUCAGAGGACAAUCCUGUAGCCGUAUUGAUAGAGCUUUGGUUAGCUUGGAAUGGAUUGAGGCAUUUCCAGAAACUCGCUUGAGAGGUGGUCCACGGAGUUUAUCAGAUCACUGUCCUAUUAUAGUGGAACAUAAGAGGCUAAGGGACGGACCGAGGCCGUUCCGAAGAAGAUGGCAUAGAGACAACUUUGGUGAUAUGGACAAGAAAAUUAUGAAGUUUGAGGAAGAGAUUAAGAAGAUUGAUGACAUGGUCAGUAAUGGGAGUUAUGAUGGAACAUUGGAAGCAAGAAGGAAGGCUCUAGUUACUUGUUGUGAGAAAUGGUAUGUGAGGAAAGAACUACAUUGGAAGUAG